AAGGACUCCACCCGCUACCUAUGUACCUGUAGUGUGUCUUGCCACAGGAGUGAACGAUUGAUCGACCUCUGUUAUUCACUGAUCUCGUGCUGAUUGGAACAUAAACAUGGCUAUGAGACGAGGAAAAGUGCCGCCGGAGGUUAUGGCAGUGUUCGAGAAAUACAUGAAGAACAACGUGCGAAACCUGAAGAAAGACCAGGCAAUGACGCUCUUCUCUAACGAGUUUGGUCUGGAUGAGGAGCAGUCGGAGAUCAUGUUUCACACUUUCGAUAAGGAUAUGAAUGGCAUCAUGUCCAUCUGGGAGUUCCAGCAGUUCUUUAUGUGCAUGGGAGACCAUUGUCAAGAAGUGAUCGCCAAAUUUAAGGAGAUUGACGCGGACGGAAGUGGAAAGCUUGACGCCGAUGAGGCGAAGGAGGGGCUGAAAUCACUAAAAACGGCCACCGGCAGAAACCUCGAGGAGAAGGAGAUUGAGUUCUUCCUGAAGAGUGCGGUCGGCGAGGAUGGAUUAAUUGAUUUGGGCGCAUUUACGAACUUACUGUAUACGCUUAAGUUGUACAAGGCGCCUGCGCCGAAGAAAUAGUUCCUAAAUAUACAAACUGUAUCGUUUAAGAUGUGUUUUGUU